AUGAGUCAAGAGAGUCAAAUACAUCGUUCGGCUAAGCGGGCGAACCCUUGUCUGCCGCCUGAUUCAUCUUCUCAAAUUCCCUGGAACCCUUCACGCGCCAUGACAGGGCCCCUGAGCCCAUGGCCGCAGAAUCCGAAUCCGAAUCCGAAUCCUAGGCAAUCAAACAGUCAGCCACCUAGUCGCUUGAAGAGCGCGGUGGCUAGGAAUUUAGCUAGCAGUCAAUCCGAGCGCCGACUCAAUACCACCACUCAGCCAAUAUCGGAUAAUGGAGAGUCGAUGUCAAUAGUGUUUUGCCAGCAGCCUCAAUCGUCGCAGACUAACCCCGGUCGAACGUACUUGACACCCGAGCAGCAGCUAGAAGUGAUCCAAUGGUGCUUCAGCCAUAGAGGAUGGUAUGCAGACCGGAACAUCACCAAAACGGAGUUCUGGGCUCGCUGCGCCCAAUUCAUCAAAGACAAAUUCAACAAGACAUAUGCGGCGCCAGAGCGAAUGGUCAGAACCCUAGAGAAUCGCCGCAGGCAGGAGAUGAAAGAGGAGAUGGCUGCUUCUUCUGGUCUUGCUAAGGAUGAACUCAAGCAGACACUGAAUAAGUGGAUUGAGUUCCUAGAUGAUGUCAAGCUGCGAGCUGAAGAGAGGAAGGCUCGCAUAGCGGCACAGCAAUCCAGUCACCCUACUCUUGGUGGUCAAGCUCGAGAGCUGCUCUGCCGUCGAAUGGCAAAGCGAAGGCAUGAGGCUGAAGGAGAUCGGUCUGGUGAAGCUACUACUGAAAGUGAGACUUCUGAGUCUUCAGGCGUGUCUGGGAGGCGCAGAAAGCAGCUUCGCAGGAUGCGGGAGCAGGAGAGAGAGGCAGAACUCUACAGGACAGCUCUUGCAAAUGCUCUGACUGCUUUUGGAACAGCUUUUAGUAACUCUCUGAGCAAAAGCUUGAGUGAGCCCAUUCGAAAGGUGGAGAAGGAGAUAUCAUCUCUGAAAGAGUUACAUACGCGACUAAAUGAGCAGACGACCCGUAUCCUACAGCUUCUCCAAGAGAUGAGAGAGGUGGAUCUGGAUAGAAAGAUUAGCAAGGUUGAGUGUUGA